CAGAUGAUUGUGUCAUUGGUGAUUUCGAUUGUCUUAUCAUUGUUCCCAUCGUCUGCAGAAGAAGAUGGCGAACGGCGCAUCCAGCAGAGAUAUGUUAAUGUCAAAACAGUUGCAGGGCUUUUACAAGGAGAGAUUGUCGAUUAUCCCGUAGAAUACCCUGAAGGUAAUAAGAAUGUUAUAACAGUCACCCAGUUCCUUGGGGUCCCUUAUGCCAAACCUCCUAUUGGUGAACUCAGGUGGAAGAAUCCACAGAAGGCUGAACCAUGGGAGGGAGUGAAGAAUGCUACAGCUUAUGGAAACAGUUGCUGGCAAAAUAUCAAGAAUAUACUUGUACCCACUACUCCUAUGUCAGAGGACUGUUUAUUCCUAAAUAUCUGGGUCCCGAAAAACAUAACAAUGAAACCGAAAUUUCAAAAUCUUACUGUUAUGUUCUGGAUCCAUGCAGGAGCAUUUCAGUUUGGCACUGGAAGCCUCGACAUCAAUAACGGGGCAUAUUUGGCGCAUGACCAAAACAUCAUUGUUGUGACUAUCAAUUAUAGACUAAAUUCUUUUGGAUUUUUAUCUACUGAAUCAAAACCAGAUGAAGGGAACUGGGGUCUGAAGGAUUGUGUCUUAGCAUUACAAUGGGUUCGGGAUAAUAUCAGAUCAUUUGGCGGAGACCCUAAUUCUGUGACCAUAUUUGGGGAAUCUUCAGGAUCAGCGGGAGUGACACUACUGAUGCUUUCAAAGCAGGCAAAUGGUUUAUUCAAAAGAGCUAUUGGACAAAGCGGGUCAGCGUUGAACUAUUGGGCAAUGAAUCCACGUGGCAGAAAUCGUAGAAUCCAACAAAGCUUGGCAAAUAACCUCGACUGUCCAGUAAACAACAACAGCAUGGAGUGCUUAAUGAACAAGAAGGCCAGAGACAUUAUCAUUGAAACUGGCAAAAUACAAUAUCAGCUAUCAACUCUAUUUGUACCAAAUGUAGAUGGUACAUUUUUUCAGGAUGACCCAGUGAACAUUCUUAUAAAUGGUGAUUUUGAAGCAGUUGAUUUCAUAAAUGGAGUGACAAGUCACGAAGGCUUUCAUUUCGGAGUAGCGAUGACAUCGAGAGAAGAUAUCGGGUUAAGGUACAACUUUUCUCAAUUCAAUAAUACAGUCUCACGAUUGAUGAAAUUUCUUAAUCAUGUCAAAAACAGGGACGUUAUACAACAUGGAAUUAAUCUGUUGUAUAACAAUUUUAAAGUUCCUGAUGAUGUCAAAUCAGUACACAGAAGCAAGGGACUUGUCGACUUUAUAGGAGAUUUUGCAUUUAAUGCGGGGACUCAUAUGUUCACAAAGUUAUACCAAAAGAAAUCAACAAAGAGGACUUUCUGCUACUAUAUGAAUACAAAAGUAUCUAGGGAUUUCCAAUACAUUCCGUACAUACAUAAGCGCCCUGAUUGGGUACACACAGUGCAUGUAGAUGACACACAGUUUGUCUUUGGAGGUGUGAAGUACACAAAUAAGAGAGUUACUCGGGAGGAAAGGGAACUAAGUGGUGAAAUGAUGAUGGCCUGGGCUAACUUUGCAAAGACAGGGGACCCUACAGAAUCAGGUUCUCUACAAUGGCCAAAGUUUACUGGCUCCAACUAUCUUCAACUGUCAACACCUGUCAGUAGCAGCACUGUCAUUGAGAGGUUCCUACCUAAAAGAAUGGACUUCUGGAUUAACUUUAUCUGGAAGAAAAUAGAUAUUCCAUCAAAGAAAUGUGUCAAUGCUAGCACAGAAAAGUCUGAUGAAGAUAUCUGCCCAGUUUGUCUAAAUGAAGUUCCAUUUGAUAUUAUUGAUAUCGUCUGCAAGUCUAAAAAUGCAUUUAAAGUAUCAAUACUCGCAGUGAAUAUAAUGAAGAUUGAGCUGGAUCUCAGACCAGUGACAGGUAGAUCGAAGUUGGACAGAUAUGUAACAUACAACCUGGAUUCAGACUGCACUUGCGAUAUUGUUACAAAAGGUUUAAAAGCUCAAGAUGACAAACUUCUCAUCCUAACCAUGGCAACCAUUGGCAGUUUACCAAGCCUAUAUUUCAAUGACCAAGUCACUGUUGUCAAAUUAGAUAACAAACUGCAAAGGAAAAUAUCGAGGGCUAUUACAGAACAGAAAUGUCCUUAUUGA